GCUGGUUUCUUUUUUUUCCAAUUCUUCUCCUUCUUCUAUAUUAUUUAUUAGUUUUUCUUCACAUAUUCCAUCUGUUGUUUUGUCUAUUACAGUUAUUUCAUAUUUUACGAUCAAAAACAACAUUUUUCUUAUAAAUCCCAUAAAAAAAAACUAUCAGUAUUCACAUAAACUCAAGGUUACAACCAUAAUAUAACGAAUGGAUCAACCAAAUUUCAAGGGGUAUCCUUCUCCGCCUAAUGCCCUCGGUCAUCCAAAGCAUGAAACAACCAUAUCAGGUCCAAGUAGUAGAAAAGCAGGUGGAAAAAUACCAUCAAAGAACAGCGAAGGUACUGGUUCUGUUCCUGAAUUUAUUCAAAAGUUAUUUAGGAUGCUUGAAAAUAAAGCAUUUCGACAUACAUUUUGUUGGGGUCCUAACGGUACUACUUUUAUUGUCAAGGAUACAAACGAAUUUUCAAAAACUAUAUUACCGAAACAUUUCAAGCACUGUAACUUUGCCAGUUUUGUUCGACAACUAAAUAAGUAUGACUUUCAUAAAGUUCGAAAUGCUGAUGAUGGACACAAGUCUUAUGGUGAUCAGGCUUGGGAGUUCGUACAUCCUAAAUUCAUGAGAGAUCGCAAAGACUUGUUAGAAGAAAUUCGACGUAAAACUCCUGGCAAGGCCAAAAAGGAUGAUACUUUCGCAACAACAACUGCUACCGGAGCUUCGACAAUGACAGCUGGAAAUUGGACCAAAGGUGGUAUGAAUACAUCAUCAACAAAUAGACUACAAGUAGAGCUUAAUUCUCAACAUCGACACCCAUUAGUAACCGACUCGACCGUUUCAACACAUAUAGAGAAUAUGGAAAAAGUAACUGAGCAUCUACAAAAUCAAAUCAAGGAACUUCAACAAUCACGGAUUGAAAUGGAAAAUCGAUUACAGCAACUGAAUAAUACUGAUUAUCUUAUUUUACAAGAACUUAUGAAUCUUGGCAAGCAAAUGAAAAUAAAAGAUGAUCUAAUACAAGAUCUUUUGAAAAGCCAGAUCGCUCAAGAUAAAGAAUCCGCCAAUGACCAAACUUCUACAAAAGGGGCCAACUCCUUGGAUAUGCAGGCAUUACUGGAUUCGUAUAUUGAUGUAUCUCGUUCGAAUUCAGAACAAUUAGAACGCAUCACACAACAAUUACAAUCACAAUGGCAAACGGACAUUACAGUAAAAGCUGAAGAUCAAGAAAUGAAAUCUAUAAACAACUCGACAACUAUUCCCUCAGAUAAUAGUACCAUACUUACUCAACCGACAUUGACAUCGAAUACAUUUGCAAACUCAGUACCAAUGUCAUCAGCACAAGCUCCACAGGCACCAACAAAUAUAACAUCUUCCGUUCCUCUUAUCAUUCCCAGUCAACAACCGCAUUUUGAUGUUACUGCUAGUGCAGCAGCGGCCGCCAGUAUGAACGCAGGUAGUUUAAUUGGCUCUCCGUUGAAAACAGGUGAUGGAUUGACUUUUGUUACUUUGGGUCGAUUAUCAUCCAACACAACCGUACGAGAUAACAAAGCAGCUUUUGAAAUUACAACUUCUAUUCCAUCAACUCAUCAAUCACAACCUCCUCCACAUCCAUUAUCGCAACAGCAACAACAACAACAAGAUGGUGUAACAGAGUUAGGGAAUUUAGCAUCAUCAUCAUCUAAUCAAUAUGGUACCGUUUUACCAUCAGAUGAAGAUCAUAAAAGUCUUAAUGGGACUGCUGUAAGCCUAAAACGAAAGAUGAAUAUCGCCGGCUGGACCGUUCCUCCUCGUGUAUUGCUCGUAGAUGAUGAUUCGGUAUAUCGUGAUCUCAGUGGCAAAUUGCUUCAAGUGAUUGGAUGUUCCAUUGAUUUAGCAAAGGAUGGUGUAGAAGCAUUACGAAAGAUGGGAUUAGAAAAGUAUGAUCUGAUUCUAAUGGACAUUGUGAUGCCAAACUUGGAUGGAAUUUCUGCUACUCGGAAUAUCAGACAAUACGAUGCAUUGACACCUAUCAUUUCUAUGACUUCCAAUUUCACGGACAACGAUAUCAUGCAAUAUAUAGGUAGCGGUAUGACCGAUAUUCUUCCAAAGCCCUUUUCGAAAAAGACUCUCUACAGUAUGUUGGAGAAAUAUUGCGCUCAUUUAAAGGCUAUUCAACGAGUGCAUCGGGUACAAGGCGUAGACCAAGUCAUUCCUCGCCCAUUAGGUAUGCUUGGUUUACCACCACCUUCCCAAAAUCAGGCAGCAUCUUCUUCAUCGUCAUCAUCUUCUUUAGAGCAAACAUUACAAGUAUCGUCGGAUGAUUUAGCUAAACAACAACAACAACAACAACAACAACAACAACAACAACAACAACAACAACAACAACAACAACAACAACAACAACAACAACAACAACGACAACAACAACAACAACAACAACAACAACAACAACAGCAGCAGCAGCAGCAGCAAUCGUAUUCCGGCAUGUCUAACAACAACACAUAUUAUAGUAUAAAACCACCAGAAUAG